GACUGUCGCACACGGAAACGGGGGAAGCCAGCUGUUCCCAGUUUCGACUCCAAAGGGAUUUUUUUGUUCUUUGGAAGAUUUUCAACGGUGGAGGGGAGGUACUUCCCCAAAUUAAGAAGCUCCCACGCCUUUACUUGGCAAAACAGCUACGCCAAAUUGCAAUCUUUAGCUGCUCCAAACCAUUAGUUUCUGCCCCAUUUCUCUCUGCUAAAUUUAGCGUCUUUCAUCAAUUAGUGGGCUCUUAGAGUUAGAAGAGUUAACAGUAAAGAUGGAUUUUAUUAGACGAAGCGCAGAAGCUAGAAAGACUGUGGUUGCUGGAUCUGUUUGGGAGAGUAGAAUGAAGAGCGAUGAAGUCAAAGGUGGAAUCAAGGUCUUCAAUGGCGAAGAAAAUUCUGAGGAAGGCGGUGGUGAUGAUCAAGGACUUCAGUUUUACCAGCGGUUGAAGCGGAAUCAGAAUGGUGGAGCGACUAGGAAAAGGAGGACUUGGAAUGACAGAAGCCCGUUUCAGAUAAGGAAGACGAGAUCAGAAUUGAAAAGAUUUAGCGAUGAAUCCUGCAAGGAGCUAAAUUUUUCUGUUGAUUCAAUUGAGGAAACCCAGAUUCUGAUGAGGAAAUCAAUUUCUAAUGAAUGCUGUAAGGAGCUUGGUGUGUCUGCUGAUGUAACUGAAAAGAGCCCAAUUCAGUUACGGAAGACCAGAUCUGAUUCUCAUAGGAAUGCUGUUGAAAUACUCAAGAAGCUCCAGAUUAGCAGAGAAAAUAUCGUAUCUCCUGGCCUAAGCUAUGUGAAUCAGGUAAAUUCUCCUCAAAGAUUAUGGAUGGAUGAUGAUGGUAUUGAUGCUGAUGGAGAGGACGAAGGACAACACGAAGAGCAUGAUUUUGAGAUCGAGGUAGAUAAGAAGAGCUAUGAUGAUAAGGAAGUCAACUUAGCAGAACAGAAAUCCGUUAACAUAUUAGAACAGAAACUCAAAGAAGUAGAAGAAGUAAAGAAAGUUCACCAGAUUCCUAGAAAGCCAAUACCCAUCUCCGCAAAUGUGAAUAACAAGCUAUCUCCGGUUAUAGAUGGCCAAGUAAUUGAUCUCACAAAACCGAAGAAAGUUGUGAAUGAAGAGAAGAAAGUUCAUCACUUGAAAGAAAAACCCAAACACAUCUUUUCAAAAGCCAAUAAACACCCAGCCCCUGUUAGAACUCCUCUAAUUGAUCCUUCUCUCAGAAAACCACCGCCAAUUGCAGCUUCAAAGGUGUUCGAUAAAAUUCCAGAGACACCAAAGAAGUUGCAGAACAUUGUGGACUUGGUGAUGUGGAAAGACAUCUCGAAAUCAAUCUUUGCAUUUGGUGUGGGAACAUUCUUCAUCCUCUCAUCCUCCUUCAUUGCAGAGUUCAAUUUUAGCUUAAUUUCUGGAAUUUCCUACAUGGGUCUUAUCUAUCUUGCUGCAAUCUUUUUAUAUAAAUCGAUUCUAUGCAGCAGGGGAGCUAUAUGUUUGGAUAACUCAAAGAACAAAGAUUAUAUGGUGGGAGAGGAAGAAGCGAUUUGGGUUCUAAGACAGAUCCUUCCUUCCUUGAAUGAGUUCCUGUUGACACUCAGAAGCCUCCUCUCGGGCGACCCUGCCACUACAAUGAAGCUAGCAGUAUUGCUGUUUGUUGUGGCUCGAUGUGGAAGCUCCAUCACCAUGUGGACGAUGGCCAAAUUGGGUUUCUUCGCAGUCUUCACAGUUCCAAAAGUUUGUUCAUCCUAUUCCAGCCAGCUCACAACUUUCGCGAAGUUUUGGAUCAGACGAUGUAAGGAUGCUUGGUAUUUGUGCACUUACAAGAAUGCCGUGUCAGCUGCCGGUUUUGCCCUCACGUGGAUUUUCUCUUCAGUUGUGGCCCGCAUUUGGUUAGUAUUCAUGUUGGUUGUGGCCGUUCGAUAUUAUCAGCAGUCAUUAUCAAGUAAGGAUUGGAGAGACGAAGAAAUGAAGAGAGGGAGAGAAGAUUUCAGUUGGAGGGAAGGAGAGUAUGAGGGGGACAAAGAGAAGGGCUUGGUGGGCCCACCGUAGUGGAACUAGGUAAAGAAUAUAAAGGAUGAUGAAGUGUCGUGGAAAAGGAGCACAUGGCGCAUGUAGCUGUCAGCAGCGCCACAGCUACCUUACCCCCACCCCCUGAUCCCACAAAUGGCAUAUGGUGGUGACAUGGAGAGUUCUUUUUUGUACAAGGAAAAAAAAAAACGAAGGAAUUUGGUUUGCAGUGAGCAAUGCCCCUACUUCCCUCGUAGGACUUUAACUCGGUUGGUUUCUUUCCUUAAAUCUCUGAUUGCUCCCUUCAUUAGACAGCCUCUCCACGAAGCAGGGUAAAGUUACGGGCAUGGUGAUCUUAGAACCUUAUCAGUGGUGGAAGCCUUGUGCAUUGAAUAAAUUCUUUUAUUUUUUUCCCUUUCAUUAUAGUAAAAGAUAAGAAAUUGAAAACUAUCCAUUUAACAAGUAGAUGAGUGCAGGGUUGUCAAAAUUUUGGCCAUUUCGUUGAAGCCUGGUCUAGAUUGAUGACUAAAAAUGUGAGGCUCAUGUAUUGAUAUUAUCCGCAGUCAUCAGUGAAUGGUAAUAAAAUGUUUAUAGUCUGAUUAGACUGUUUAAACUCA